CUGUUUGCGUCAGCAACUUUUUACAGAGGCAAAAAAAACCCAUUUAACUCAACGGUUGAAACUACUUUGUGAAAUAAAACGGAUGGUCGAGAUUGAUGCGAGAGAAAACUCAACAUUUAUUAUUAUUGCUUUUGACCUAGAUUGUGACGCCGUUCACCUUAACAAAAAAAAAGAAAAUGAGACGAAUCAUUGUUGACCUUUUUUAACUUGAAACCUUACGAAAACUCUCUGUCACCGCUUCAAUUAGGUAUAACUCAUCGUCUCUUUUAUAUUUUUGUGUGACUGUUUUGUUUUCGGAUUUCUGAUGGCUUAUUUGGAACACGUGUCUAUUGUUAAGCUGUAAAAGUACCAAUACAAAAAGUGUUAUUACAUGAUGAACAGACACGUUUGAUUCAUAGUACAUCAGUUUUAUUUUAUUUUUUGGUCAAAAGUACAUCAGUUUUAUAGAAUGGAUAAAUAUUGCUUUAAAAUGUAUUAUUAAUUAAUUUUCACUUUUGUAACAUUUUACUGAUUUGUUAAUGUACUUAAAAUUUUAAUUUUAAACAAAUUUUUUAACUAAAAUAUUUUGAUAUAUUUGUUAAAGCUGAUUAAUUAUGUUAUUACAAAUUAUUUUAAUAUAUACAAGCUUUUGAGAUGGAUGAGAAAAAAAAAGAAAAUUUUGAGAUAUAUAUAUAUAUAUACUGAGAUAUAUAUAUUAUGCAUGAAUUGAAAACAAGAAAUCAAAACUAGCGGAUCAAUAUUUUUAAGGAGACAUCUACAGAUGGAGCAUACCUUGAGUUGGGUGAUUGAAAACUUCUCCGAGAAGAAUGAUGUGAUAAGAACUGCUGACUUCUCAAUCAGCGGCUGUGAAUGGUGCGUUUGUGUGCAUCCCAAGGGUACGGCUGGCUCUGAUCACUUGUGUCUGUACCUGCACGUUGUGAAUACAGAUUCAUUGAGUCUUGGAUGGAAAAGGAGAGCUAGUUAUUGCUUUGUUUUGUUGAAUCAGUCCGGAAAAGAGCUAUUCAGAUCAGCUGAGGACAGCAGAUGCACAUUGUUCUGCAGUGAGAUCUUAUCCUGGGGUUACAAUAAGACGCUGCCUCUUUCCAAGCUCCAAGAAAAAGGGUUUCUGAAGAAGAACAAACUAACCAUUAAAAUCUACAUCAAAGUCCUUGAAGUUGUUCAUCAAGGAAAGUCAACUGAGAAUGAGAUGUUAGAUUACCGUGGUUUUCAGAUCCCUGCUUCUCAAAUUGUACUACUGAACAAGAAUGUACCUUAUGACCCAAACCAUUCAGUAGAUUUCGAACCAGAGAACCAAGCGGUCAAAACAAAGUACAGGAAUCUCCUCCGCAUCGUCGAAACACUGAGCAAGCCUCCACAGAGCUUGUCUUUGGCUCAACUAUGCAAAGCUCAAAGCGAGGUGAAUGCGCUGGAGGAAGCAGGCUUCAAGCUCGACUGGUUAAAUUCAAAGAUUGAGGAACUUUCCUUGGAGUGCAAGAAAGAACCACUUUCUGAUGGAUCUAGGGUCCGACAACUCGAGGAUAGGGUCAACAAUGUGGAAUUGACUCUGUGGGAUCUCAAAGUUGAACUGGACAAGGAGAAGGUUAAAUCUGCUGCUGCCGCUGCUUCUGCCGCUACCGCUGCAGCUGCUGCUUCUGCCGCCGCUGCUGCUGCUGCUUCUUCCGCUGCCGCUGCUGCUAAAGUUUCUUCGUUUCCGUUUAUAGAUUUUAUCAUAAAAAGGUUCUUUCUCUCUUGCUUCUCAUUCUCAAAAUACUAGGAUCAUCUAUGUUUUAAUACUCAUCAUGGCUUUGUGGAUUUUCCAUCCAAAAACAUCAUAAUUGGUUAAUGUGUUGUGAUCCCAUCAACUUUUGAAGGAUGAUUCUUCGUUUCCGUUCUUAUCAAGCAAAUUUGAAUUA